AUGUUUUCCUAUGCUCGUUUGCCCAGUUUGUUAAUCGUUUUCUGUGUUUUCUUCUUAGCCAGGUAAGGCAGUGUUUAAUUCUUAACGUUGCUCCGGUGAAGGUCUGUGCUUUUCGCAAUGCUCAGCUAGGGUUUCCCCUUUUAAAAGUUCGCCCGAAUCUCAUGCAAACAUUUUUCAUGUUAUUUCAAUAGUUAAAAUGAGACAGACGUCAUACGAUUUGGAAUUGAGAGCUUAGUUAUCUAUAUUCACGUUCAAACUUCUCGCUUCAAUCUGGAUAACUGAGGGGCAUUGUUCUUUGUGACUCGCCAAGCAAAUCAACACAUUUGGGUUCAUGAAUUUUGUCGAGUCAGAUGUUGGUAUUAGAUUACAACGUAGUCACCAGUGCUUUUUCUUUAGAAAAUGGGAGGGGCAGGAAAGCCCUGGGACGAGGUUGAUCAGAUUCCUUAGCACUGAGAUGUGCGUACAGUUGACUCCCGAUAACUCGAACCUCGCGCUAACUCGAACCAAAAUCGAUUUCCCUUGGAUUUCCUUCAUACAUUUACUGUAACUCGAACCCUCAAUAACUCGAACCUCCCGCUAACUCGAAAUUAUUUUUGUUUAGCGCUGUACUGAUUAAUCCUGCUUUGUUGCUUACUUUCUCCGUGUUCAAAAUAUCAACAUAUCAGUAGCUAGACCAAUAGUUACUUCGACCUCAUCACAUUUCAAUUCAAAGUACUUGUAGCCAGCGAACAACCACCCCUUCCCCCCCCCCUCCUCCCCAAUUAAAUCUCUCUCUCCACUGAUCUUUUCAAUUGGCUGGGGAGUGAAAGAAGAAAACGGGAAGCAAGAUAGCUAUCUCUCCCUUUUCCUAUCUUAUUCCCUUUCCCCGAGUCGAGCCCAGAGCCCCCUCUUGUUCCAGUUUUAAUUGGCGCAUCCUUUUGGGGACUAUAUAGCACGUCAAAUCGAGGUAUCUGAUGAUAAAACCCUGUUUUGUUCUUUUAGAGCACUAGACCAAGAAAGGCACAAAGUUCUGGAAAUUGAUUCAAAAGGGAAUCUUUAUCUUUACCGGUCAGCUUUGCUUUGCAAGAAUGAAAUAAUCAAAAGAUUGACUGAAGACAACUUCAAACUGGUUGAACCCAACCCUAUUGGUAAAGUACAGAGUGUUACAUUUUAAAUCCAAAACAGCGGAGUUACUUAUCUCGCUCUUCUUACCACCCUUAACCCCCUUCCUCUAAACAGUGUUCACUUACAACUCUCUUAGACAUGCCACGAGAAAAAUACAGAGGAAUGCCCACAGGUUUAUGAACGAUUUGUUUUAGGGAAUUAAGCGUUAAUACAAUAUUCUCCAAGCUACGGUGCCCGAGAUUGGCCAUAUAAUCAAAAGUCGAUUAGAAGUACUAAAGAAAAGCUUCAAACUUAAAAAGUCUAACUUCGCAAAUGUUGAAGUUAGAUGUCAAGAUGAAAAUUUAGUUGAGUUUCUCGGAGUUAACAGAGUUUUCAAAAUCUCACUUCUCACUAUUCUGGUUAGAAAAAUCUUUUCCCUACCCCCUCGUCUUUACAACUCGUUAUCUAAUCACAAUAUUCGGGUUUCACAGGGCAGUCCAAAGCAUUACCUGUGUUAAACUGUUGGGAUCUCAAACUAAAAGUACCCUCGGCUGCCUCAGGAGUCUACUGGAUUGAUCCGGAUGGUGGUUCCCAUGGAAACACUUUCCAGGCCUUCUGCGACCAGCAGACAGCUGGAGGGGGCUGGACACUAGUUUGGAGCUACACCUUCAUGGAUUACAAAAACUUUCAAAGUGGCUCCAACGCAAUCACCCCUCGUCCCACCUGGACAGCCAGCAGUGCUAACACUCGGGUAUCUACAACAGUUCCACUCAGCGAGACCCACUAUGAAGCUAUGGACUUUGCUUUGUGGCGCACCAUUGGUAACCAGACUCUGAUCAAAAGUAACAUCAACAACUGGAUCGUUUGCAUGGAGGGCACUGGCAGCAUAGUGAGACAGAAGGCCGGGUCACUCAGCUGUACACUGGUUAAACAGGUUUCACAGCAGUGUGCUGGGGUUGUACCAACAUCCUUUGCGUUAGGCAGUAACGGACCUUACCUGUCCAGUACCAGUCUGUACUACUAUUUUGACGGUAGUACUAGCGGCAGUUGGCCUACGCAUGAUCCAUGUGGUAAAAACCAAGCAAAUCAGUUAACAGGUGCAGCUAAUCCCCACGGUAACGUUUUUGUUCGUUAA